AUGGCAUCGUCGUCCGUCGCCGAGGGAAUGGCCGUCGAGGAGAGCGGGGGCAAGGAGAUCAUCAUGCGCCCGGGGACCCAUAGCUUCGUCGUCUCGGGUACGACGUUCCAGGUCGACACCAAGUACAAGUUCAUCAAGCCCGUCGGCCAUGGCGCCUACGGCGUCGUCAUAUCCGCGCAGAACACGGAGACGGACGAGAAGGUCGCGAUCAAGAAGGUGUCCAAGGCCUUUGAAGAUCUCAUCGACGCCAAACGCAUCCUGCGCGAGAUCAAGCUCCUCCGGCAUUUCGACCACGAAAAUAUCAUCACGAUCGUCGACCUGCUGCCACCGCCGUCGCUCGCCCACUUUGAGGACGUCUACAUCAUCUCGGACCUCAUGGAGACUGACUUGCACCGAAUCAUCUACUCACGCCAGCCGCUCAGCGACGACCAUGUCCAGUACUUUCUGUACCAGAUCUUGCGGGCGCUCAAGUACAUCCACUCGUCGAACGUGCUGCACCGCGACUUGAAGCCGUCCAACUUGCUUCUCAACUCGAAUUGCGACCUCAAGGUGUGCGACUUUGGCCUCGCGCGAGGUGUUGAGCCCGACGAGGACAACAUGGAGCUCACUGAGUACGUCGUGACACGGUGGUACCGCGCGCCCGAGAUCAUGCUCUCAACCAAGGAGUACACCAAGGCGAUCGACAUUUGGUCCACCGGCUGCAUCUUUGCCGAGCUUCUGGGCCGGAAGCCCAUGUUCCCUGGCGACGACUACAUCCACCAGCUCCAAAUCAUUUGCGACAAACUGGGCACGCCGUCCGAAGAAGAGCUUCACUUUGUCACGAGCGAGAAGGCUCGACGCUUCAUGAAGGGCCAGCCCAACAAGCCGAAAGUGCCCCUCGACAAGCUCUUCCCCAACGCCAAGGCGAACGCGUUGGACUUGCUCGACAAGAUGCUUGUGUUUGACCCAACGAAGCGCAUCUCUGUCGAAGAAGCGCUCGAGCACCCGUAUUUGGAGUCGCUUCACAACAACGACGAUGAGCCGAAGUCGACAAAGCCGUUUAGCUUUGACUUCGAGAAGGAGCAGCUCACAAAGCGCCGCCUUCAAGAGCUCAUCUUUGGGGAGGUGUGUCACUUCCACCCGGAUGCUGUAAACACCGUGGCGGGCGGCGACAAGAUCGGCGGACCCGUCUUGCCGGGGUCGCCGCCGAAAGCAGGCAAGGCCACAGCCGAGUAA